AUGCGGCAUACGCAAUAAAAAAAAUUACAAAAAGAAAAAUCAGAGCUAUUAUUUAACGAUGAGCGCAGGAAAAUUGAAAAUUUUCAAAAGCAGCAAACGACGACAACAAAGUAGGCGCGACUGUAGAACGCGGCGUACAGAUUCUACAUAGGCAUUCGUAAUAUUUAUAGGGCAAAUAGUUUGAUUGUUUUUCGUGUAUAUGCAUAUAUAUUGUGGAACGCGCAGUGAACCGAUUUAAGCAAGACGCCAUAUACAACAACAACAAAAAAUAAAAACCAUAAAAACAUCUUGGCAAACUCAAAUCGAGCGUGGCAAGCAAGCCAAGUGUAAUUAAAAACCAGCAAACACAAUAUGGAUUUCCUAUCGAAUCUUAUAAAGCGUCCCAUCAGUAUAGCCCUGCCCGAGAACGAAACAAAAACUGAAACUGAAAUCGAAACUGAAACCGAAACCGUGUCGAGUAACAGCUCCUCCAGUGCGCCAACAUCAAUUGUUGCAAGCAGCGGCACAACAAAGCCCACAUUCACCUCUACCUCACAAAUAACAUUAGCGAUGAAUACUGCGGAUCUGGAUGAUCUGUUUGAUUCGGCUGCACAGGAUUUGGACAUCCUGGAAGAGCAGCACAAACAAAUUAUCGAGAGCGAUGUGGCGCCACUGGAGUGUGCAGCCCAGCAGCCGGUGCUGAAGCCCAACUAUCCAAGGGAAACCAUAACACAACUGCUCAAUGAUAUCAAUGUGAAUUUGGAUCAAGUUAGUGCCAAUGAAAUGGAACACUUGCAGGCAAUGAGUCUAGAGCUCAGUCCAUUGGCGGUGAGGCCGAGUCCCAGACACAACAUGGACCAGCAGAAGGCACUCAUCUCAGCAUUGCUUUGCCCCUCGCAGCCGGUCACGCCUACAACGCCCAACAGCUGCGAGCAACAGCCAGUGUUAAAGUUCACCGGGCUGCCCGAAUACGAUGAGACACAAAUACCAGAAUUGCCGCCACUCAGCGUCGACAUGGAAGGUGAGUCAACUCAAUUAAAGACGGAUGCUGGUAUGCCAACACUGAGCUCCACUGUGCUCAAGGUCAGCGAGCCGGAUUACAAUUCGGAUUCGGAUGUCUAUGCCGAAUGCCUCUCGCUAAACAGUGUCAAGCUCUCCGCGGAUCAGUCCGAGCUCGACGCCUACGCCAGUGCUCUGAAUGAGGUGCUCGAUCACCAUUUGUCCAAUGCUACGGCCACCACACUGGAGAAUACGCUGAGCGAGGCGGCCACUGUCUCCAGUCACAAUGAUAGUUGUGAGUCCAUGGAUGUGGAUGACAUAAAUGAGACAAUGGAAAUGUUAAAGGAUGUCCUCGCACCCGAGGAUUGUCACCUGCUGCAGCAGCAGUUGUCCUCCAAUGAGAUGUUAAGGCAGCUACAAAUCGAGCAAGUGCAGCCAGUUGCCAACGAGCAAGAAGAGCUGCAACACAAGCAAGUAAUUUCAGCUUCAAACUCACCUAAAAUAGAGCAAGAAGAGAUGCAACAAAUGCAAGCAGUUCCAGCUUCAAACUCACCUAAAAGGGAGCAAGAAGAGAUGCAGCAGAUGCAAGCAGUUCCGGCUUCAAACUCACCUAAAAGGGAGCAAGAAGAGAUGCAACAGAUACAAGCAGUUCCGGCUUCAAACUCACCUAAAACUGAGGAGAAGCAGGACAUGCAUAUUGAGCAGCUGCUGCAGGAGCAGACAGCAUCAGCUCCAAUCUCUCCACCAUUAGCCACAAUGCAGACGCAGCAAACAGCUGCAGUUGCACCCACAAUUGAGGAGCAACUGGUGGUGCCUCCAAUGCUGCCUCCAAUGUUGCCCACCUCACCGCCCAUACCCACACAUCGCACGCGGACAGCUGAGGAGUUGGCGGAGCUGAGGGCAAUGGCGGCAUUUGCAGAGCCACCAGUUACAGAUGGAGGAGAGCAGCCAGCUACCACAGAAUCUGUGGAGCAGAAGCAAUUCCCAGCUAGUCCGAGCUUACCCAUUGCAUCAGUGGCACCCAUGGAAAUCAAACACACACAAUUUCCAACGCUGACACUGAAUAUAACCAAUCCGACGUCGCAGGAAAACAUUUCGGCGCCCACAUCGCCCGCUUUUCCCAUCAAAUCUCCCGCCGGUUCACCGGGUCACUUUCCACGCUCGCCGCAUGCGCCGCCCGAGCACGAGGAGAUGGACUAUUUGGAACAGGCCAUCAUUGAGCACUCGGCUGAGCAGAGGUCGAUUGUUGUCGGUGGCGUUAUAGCCAAAUCACCGCUGCCCGUGGAAGUGUUCGUAUCGCAGCCAGAUCCCGAGCAGUCCAAGGAGGCAGAGGAGUCUCCUUUGAAUGACACCUUUGACAGCACAGCUGAGGCACUUACCGUAAGAAGACGUGACACAUACGGGUUGCCACUGGAUGAUGCCAAUGAUCAGCAGCGUCGCACCUUCACAAUUAUUGAGCCAACGGAAUCGAAGCGACGCACAAUGACCAUUGCAAAGAAUGCAUCGCCGGCUUUGGAGGCCACCGAGGCAAACAUUCUGGGCGAUGAGCUGGAGUCCAUGGAUGUAGAUGUAUCAAUGAGCGUGGACACUACACUCUCAGCGGAGCAUCAAGCGACAAAGACGCCCUCACCAUCUCUGCAGCGGGAGAUGCACUCGCCGCCCAUGCCAACACAUGAGCAGGAGCAGCAGCCGAAACAAGAGCCGCUGCGUCCAUCUCCGCCGCUGCCGGCACAUUUCAAGCGUCCGUCUAUCCACAAAGAGCACAUGUUAGAGGAGCAGACGCUCUCCGUUAAGGAGCAGCUGAGCGUGGGCGAUGAAAAGGAUGAUGUAUAUGUGGAUCACUUUGGCGCCAUGUCACCCAUCCCAGAUGAUAUCUUCAAGGCUCCCCAAUUUACCAGCAGCACCUUCAGCAGCAUGGCCAGAAGCAAUAAUCAGGCAGCUGCUCCUGUUUCUGCUGCUGCUCCUGCUGAUGAUUCUACUGCUGCCGCGGUCCAAUUUGAUGAGGCCGAGUUUCACGAUGGCGCCAGCAACAACAACAUAAUACUGAAUUCAUCGGAUUUAGACUAUUUAUUCACCAAAGGCAGCAACAAUGCGCCCAUCGAUCGCAGCUCGUUGCUAUUAAAAUUCGAUCCGCUUCUGGGUGCUCCGGUGCCAGUGAAUCAACAAUCGCAGCAGGAGCAAACGCUCCACAAUAUUCUAAGCAACAUCAACAACAACCACAAGAACAGCAACAACAAAAACAAUAACAAUUAUAAUAAUCUAACACGUGCUUUGAGUCCCACAUUGGAGGAGCACGAUUCGAGCGGCAGCAAUCAGUCCGGGGAAAUAACAAAAAAGCAUGCUAAAAUGAGUGUGGACGUUAUUGAUAACGAUUGUAACAAAACCUUCGACAAUUCAACCCUGAACUCGGAGGACAAAACACACAAAUACCACAACAUGGAUGAACUGGAGAAGAAAAUCAAAAAUGAAGUCACCCGCUCCGAGGACAUUGAAAACAAACUCAAAGAGGCAGAACAGCGCGAAGAGGCGCUCGUCAAACGCAUUACAGAAAAGGACAAAAACAACUCAAAGCUCAACGGCGUCAUUGAAGCCUACGAGAAAGCCAUUGCGGAGCUAAUCCAUGACAAGGAGCAGCUGGUACAAAAUCAUGAGAGGCAAAUGUUGGAGGUGCAAACAGAUCGUGAUUCCAAUUACACACAUUUAAUGUCGCUGGAAACGACAUUUUCCGAUCUCCAUGUUAAAUAUGAAAAGAGCAAGGAGAUGACCUCACACCUAAAGCAGAUCGAGGAAAAUCUGCUAGAGGAGAAGAAGAAAGUGAUGGAUAAAUUGCGACAGCAGGAGCAGCGAUACGAGCAAAUGAAAAGCCAUGCCAUGCAGCAAAUGGAAAUUGCAAACAAAAAGUUGGUCACCCUUACAAAAGAGCACACGGAUGAGGUGAAAAAGUUGAAAGCAUUACUCAAAAAGGAGGAAGUGUCGCGCAUCUCGACCGCCGAGCAACUGCAGCAGAAAUCGCGGGAGAAUGCCGAUCUGCUCAAGAUAUGCGAGGAGCUCAUCUACGACAAGGGACAAGGAGAUUUUUAGUUGGCGUUUUCUAGUUUACAACAACAACAAGAACAAUCUACACGUCCCCGAGCAGCAAAAGAGUUCCAAGCACACACACUCAGAUACACACACACACACAUACACGCCUUACUCUGGUUCCCCCAACAAAAUGUUACUUAUUUCUUUCGAAUCUGCCUUUCGAUUAAGUUCAAUGAUAUUAAUCGCCCUGUUUGCUUGAAAUUCUCACAAGCAGUUUUUCAUGUCAAAUUCCCAACAAAAAAGCACACGAAUAAAAUGAAAAUGGGAAUAUUGUGACAACUAAAACAGAAAAAGAAUAUGAAAAAAAGAAAAAGAAAUGAAAACAGCGUACGCUUGAGGCGCCCUUUAUUAAAUGUCUAAGUUUACAAUUAGUUUAAUUUAAAUUAAAACUUGUAAUAAUUGUAUUAGAGCAUAUUUAAUUCUGUAUUACAUAAUAGUACUAAAAACAACUGCAUAGAAAACGGAAGCAAAAAGAAACCAUAACGAACCAUUAAAAAAACAAAAAACAUACACAAAACAAAAACUAUUUAUAUAUAUAUAUAUUAAAAGGAAAAACCUACAAAAUAACUGAAUAUAUGCAAUUUUUUAUUGUUUUAUUAUUACAGCUUGUUACGAAUUAUUUGCUGAGCGCACUAAAAGUGGUUGCCUUAAAAAAUGAAAUAGUUGAAUUAAACAAAGAUAAACAGACAACCAUUAACCCAUCCCCUUCCCGCCUCACACACAGACACACACAUACACAGAGAAAAACUCCACAAAUUUUAAGCAAUUUUUAUAUUGUAGCACGCUUUUUGUAGAGUAAACCGCCUCUGAGAACUCUAAAUGAAUUUUACUUCCAUUUUUUGACAUUUAUUAAGCUGUAAGAAGUUGACAAAAAACAAAAAUCAUAAAAGUUGUUAACACAAAAAAACCAAGAACGUAAAAUGAAAGAAAGAAUUGUAUACAAAAUUUGUACCCAGUCCAUGUAAUCGAUUAAUAUGCUACUACACCAACCAACCAAGCAACAUAUAUAUACUAUAUAUUUUUCUAAAGUUGUAGCAAACAAAACUCGCGCUUACACAAAAAAAAAAGAAUUGAAAACAAAGAAAAACAACGUUGAGAACUUGAUAAACGCAAAUUAGUUUUUGUUGUUUGAGAUUUAAUAUGGAGACAAACAUGAUAUAUAUCAAUGCGCUGUAAAAAAUACACAUAAAUAAAUAGUAUUAAAACAUGCACAUACACACACACACAUACACACAAAUGUAUGUGUGCCGAAGCAUGUGCAUGUAAAGGUGAUGAACAAGUUGCAUAAAUCAAUAAAUAACAUAUGUAUGAGUAUAA